AUGACUUUGAAGCCUGGGAGGGCAAAAGGUUAUGCUAGCAAGAUGACAUGUAAACUGGGUCUGAUGGCACAGGAUUGUGAUCCCAGUUAUGUGAGGUGCUGUGACGACUCAACAUUAAAGGUCAUGGAUGGAGAUGGAUUUGAGAUGCAGCCACAAGAACCAAACUCAUUCUGUCCUGCAAUAGUGGAUGAUGCGUGCAAACUGGAUCAUGGUGGUCCCAUUAGACUGAACAUGGACAUGGAACCAGAAGUCAGUUCUUGUAAAGUAGAUGACACUUGCCCUGAAGUCAUGAAGAUGUCCACAUUAAAAUCUGACGGUGGAAUGGAUGACUUAGGUUUUGCUGAAAUUACCGAUGAAGGAUAUAUAGAUGUGAUUGCAGGAGAGGAAGAUGCUGCAGCUGUAGCAUCUUCUGCUAUACAUGAACAGCAAGUGGGUGACAAUGAAGUGAAAGCCCUGAUGCCAGUCACAUGGACAGCAGCUUACAGUGAUGUCUCUGAUGGAUCUGAAAACCAGAUUCCUGGAGCAGGUACCCUCUUGCCUGUAGAUGAGUGUGGUGGCCAAGAUCGACUCGCUAAACAAAACCCAGGGAAAAGGAAGAGAGAUGAUUCCCAGCAACAGCAAAUGGAAUAUGGGUCUGCUGACUCUUCUAACUUGAAAACACCUCCAAAGUCUAAGCCCGGCAAAGAGAUGCCAUUUAAGGGUGACAUUUAUCUUGUGACUUCCCCAGAUACCAGAGAAGCAAGGCAACAUGGCUUUAUCAACCCAGGAAGCAAAAGACACCAGUGUUGGUAUUGUGACCACAGGAGCUCAAGCUCAGGUGAUUUGAAGAGACAUAUAAUUUCAGUUCACACCAAGGAGUAUCCUCAUAAGUGUGACAUGUGUGGUAAAGGUUUUCACAGGCCUUCCGAACUCAAGAAACAUGCCGCUGUCCACAUGGAUGAAAAAAUGCAUCAGUGUAGACAUUGUGACUUCAAGAUUUCAGAUCCAUUUCUGCUAAGUAGCCACAUUCUGUCAGUUCAUGCCAAGGAUCCUCCCUUUAGAUGUAAGAGGUGCCGAAAGGGAUUUCAACAACAGGAUGAGCUUGAAAAGCACAUGAACACACACAGUGGUCGGAAAGUGUUUCAGUGUGAGCACUGUGAGUACAGGUCUGCUGACUCUUCUAACUUGAAAACACAUCCAAAGUCUAAGCCCAGCAAAGAGAUGCCAUCUAAGGGUGACAUUUAUCUUCUGACUUCCCCAGAUACUAGAGAAGCACAGCAACAUGGCUUUAUCAACCCAGGAAGCAAAAGACACCAGUGUUGGUAUUGUGACCACAGGAGCUCAAGCUCAGGUGAUCUGAAGAGACAUAUAAUUUCAGUUCACACCAAGGAGUACCCCUAUAAGUGUGAAAUGUGUGGUAAAGGUUUUCACAGGCCUUCCGAACUCAAGAAACAUGCCACUGUCCACACAGAUGAAAAAAUGCAUCAGUGUAGACAUUGUGACUUCAAGAUUUCAGAUCCAUUUCUGCUAAGUAGCCACAUUCUGUCAGUUCACGCCAAGGAUCCUCCCUUUAGAUGUAAGAGGUGCCGAAAGGGAUUUCAACAACAGGAUGAGCUUGAAAAGCACAUGAAUACACACAGUGGUCGGAAAGUGUUUCAGUGUGAGCACUGUGAGUACAGCACCACAGAUGCCUCAGGCUUUAAACGGCAUGUUAUCUCCAUUCAUACAAAAGACUACCCUCACCGCUGUGAGUACUGCAAGAAAGGAUUUCGAAGACCCUCUGAAAAGAACCAGCACAUACGGCGACAUACUGGCAGGGAGGGCUAUCAGCACUUGUUCUGGGAAUAUGGGUCUGCUGACUCUUCUAACUUGAAAACACCUCCAAAGUCUAAGCCCGGCAAAGAGAAGCCAUUUAAGGAUGACAUUUAUCUUCUGACUUCCCCAGAUACCAGAGAAGCAAGGCAACAUGGCUUUAUCAACCCAGGAAGCAAAAGACACCAGUGUUGGUAUUGUGACCACAGGAGCUCAAGCUCAGGUGAUUUGAAGAGACAUAUAAUUUCAGUUCACACCAAGGAGUAUCCCCAUAAGUGUGACAUGUGUGGUAAAGGUUUUCACAGGCCUUCCGAACUCAAGAAACAUGCCGCUGUCCACAUGGAUGAAAAAAUGCAUCAGUGUAGACAUUGUGACUUCAAGAUUUCAGAUCCAUUUCUGCUAAGUAGCCACAUUCUGUCAGUUCAUGCCAAGGAUCCUCCCUUUAGAUGUAAGAGGUGCCGAAAGGGAUUUCAACAACAGGAUGAGCUUGAAAAGCACAUGAACACACACAGUGGUCGGAAAGUGUUUCAGUGUGAGCACUGUGAGUACAGCACCACAGAUGCCUCAGGCUUUAAACGGCAUGUUAUCUCCAUUCAUACAAAAGACUACCCUCACCGCUGUGAGUACUGCAAGAAAGGAUUUCGAAGACCCUCUGAAAAGAACCAGCACAUACGGCGACACCAUACAGAUGAGAGCUUGUCCUCACAGUGUGUCCACGGAUCUUUAUAA